UUUGCCAGACAUGAUGCCCAACACUCGUCUGGGAAAACGCUCGCCGUUCGGAGCGCUGGUCGGCCCCGAGACAACCAGGCCCGGCGUCGUCGUGGCAAUGGGGCCACAGGGCAUCAGCAGGGUCAGAGGUCACAGCAACCUAAAGGUGUUCUUCCAGUGUGACGACGCAGGCGACCCACGGGCCGCGAAUACCUCCUGCGGCAGGUCCGUCUCCACCUGCAUCGACGUUCCCAGAAGCCGCAAUGCGCCGCAGGAAGUGGACAUGGACGAGCUAAUGGCCGCCAUGGUGCUGAGCAGCCUGUCCUGCAGCCCGCCGCCGCCACAGGGCUCCGCCCACAAAGACACGACAGCUCCUUUGACAGACGGCGGCGCCGUUGAGCUCUCGGUCAGCGGCAGCAGCGGCUACUGGAGCGUCGAUCCCAAAAGCCCCGCCCCUUCCUCACCAACAGACGAAGCCAGAGGCGGGUCGGCCACGCCCCCUGACGAGGGCUUGGACAUGGAGCUCGACCAGGUUCUGUUUGAAGAACCGGCGCCGCGGAAACGCAGGAAUUCACUGAAGGCGGCGUUCCGCUGCCUGUGGCCGGCCUGCGGGAAGGUUCUGACGUCGGUGGUGGGAAUCAAACGUCACAUCAGGACGGUUCACCUGUGCCACGGCGGCGAACACGAGCGAUGCUCUCGCAGCGAGGAAGACUUUUACUACUGCGAGAUCAACCAAUGGGAGGAGCCGCACUGUCAGUCUCCUCCCUCUGCUCCCCCGCCGCCGCCCCCCUCCCCUCCCAUCGGCCGCGCACUGAGCUGCUCUGCGCCUUCACCCUGCAGCAGCUUCUGGCAGGUCCAAUCAGAGCACUCCUACCAGGCUCCGCCCCCAAGUCAGGUGGUUUCACAAGCAGCUUCCUGUCUUUUGACGGCCCCGCCCACCACAUGCAGCAGACAGGGAGCGACGUUCCGGGUCCGGUCGGUCAGCGUGGGAGAGCAGUGGCUGCAGCAGCACAGCGCCCACUGCAGGCGGAUUCGGAGCGAGGCCAAGAAGUGUCGGAAAGUUUACGGCAUCGAGCACCGAGAGCUGUGGUGCACAGCCUGCCGCUGGAAGAAGGCCUGCCAGCGCUUCCUGGACUGAUUCCAGGAGAUUCCAGUCCAUGUUUUCCUUCAGCCUUUAUUUGAUGAUGAUGUUCUGCAUGGAGCAGUGAUGAUGAGGUGCAGACCUUCAUCCUGCAUGUUUCCAGGCUGCUGGGUCAUCUCAGGUCGGGUCAGGGAGGAGGAUGAACACGGCCAAAUAUUUUUAAUUUCAGCUGCAGUUUAUUCAGUGAUCCAGCCAAUAGGAAGCCAGCACUUAUGAGGAGGCGUGGCCUCCCAGUCCUCCGAGUUCUCCAGACAAACCUGGAGGUCGUCCAAGGUGCUACUCGUUCGGAGGUCCGAACCCGGUUCCUCAAACGGACAUUAGGUCCGUUUGUUUUUCUACAUUAUGUAAAUAUUGAUGUUGUAAUAAAGCAGUAAAACUUGAA